GCCCGCCCGCAGGCGCACCCUCCGGCUGCUGCAGCAGCAGCUGCUGCUGCAGCUGGCAGCCAGCAGCAAAGGCACAGACAUUGACCCCCGCCGCCGCCCCCCCCACGCAGCCACUCCAGAGAGCAUUUUGGCCCGCUGGCUGGCAGCAGAUCCCGGGCGACUGCGGGGCGGGCUGCAGAGUUUGGGGCUGCAUGCAGCAGCAGCAGCAGCAGCAGCAGCAGCAGCAGGCGGCGCUGCAGCAGCAGCACUUCGGGCGCAGCGGCGCAGCCCGCUUGCUGCUGCUGCGCCCCACAACGAGGGAAAGGGCCUCGCCUCUCCCAAGGAGGAGGCGGCGGCCUCUAAAGGGAAUUCAGCAGCAGCAGCAGCAGCAGCAGCAGCUGCUGCUGCUGCUGCUGCUGCUGCUGCCGCUGCAGACCCGCUGGAGACGCACACCACCACCAGCACAGAAACCUGCAUCAGCACUACCUGUAGCAGCACGAGCAGCACCAGCGGCAGCAGCAGCAGCAGCAGCAAGAAGAACAGCAGCGGCUACGAGUCUGCUCGCGAGUCUUGUGCAGCCUUAGCGGGCAGCAGCGAAGCGCCCGAGGAAUCCCCCGCUGCUGCUGCUGCUGCUGCUGCUGCUGCAGCAAAAGCAAAGAACGCUUCAGGCAGCAGGAGUGGCUGCGAUUCAGGUGUACGUACAGCAGCAGAACUGAGGCCCUGUGUCCUCUGCCUCUCCGCCUCCAGCUUCUCCAGUGGAAACUUUCUUUGCUCUUCUUGCCUGGGGCGGCUGCAGGCCAACGGGAGUCUGCGCAGCAGCAGCAGCAGCAGCAGCAGCAGCAGCAGCAGCAGCAAACGUGAACUGCCCGCGGCGCUCGCGGCCCCUCCCGCGAGCAAGCUGCGGAAGUCGGGAGAAGGAAAUUCGGAAUUAGUUGAAGUUCAAAUCGAAGUAGUUGAAAAAGAAAACAGCAAAUUCGAAAAAGAGAAAAAAGAAAUGCUGCCGCGGCGAAGAUUCAAGCGGUCAGCAUCGCCUACGCUGGCAGCGCAGCAGCAGCAGCAGCAGCAGCAGCAGCAGCAGCAGCAGGAGUCGGCGCAGCAGAGCUGCAAAGUGGCUGCGCGCGUUUGCGGGGAGCGCAGGGAACGCAUUGGGUGGCGGGCGCGGUCUGCUGCUGCUGCUGCUGCUGCUGCUGAAGGCAGCAGCUGGUGGAGCAGCGCGGAAGCAGCAGGAGAAGCCCCAGUGGUGCCGCCGCUGCUGCUGCCGCUGCUGCCUUCCAUCUUCUGUCUGCAUGCGCGGCCGUGGCCGCCGCCUCCGGCCAAAAGGCAAAGACUGCCUUCUCCGAGGCGAAGGGGCCUCGACUGUUUUGCUGCUGCUGCUGUUGCUGCUCAGAGGGCCCCCUGGGCAGCAGCAGCAGCAGCAGCAGCAGCCAGGGGCGCGGCCGGCGGCGGCGACGCCGGCAGAGCUCCAGACAGAGACACAGCAGCAGCAGCAGCAGCAGCAGCAGCAGCGCAACAAACGCGGCGUUUCGGACGCGCACAGAGGGCCUCCCCGGCGCCGCUGGCUGUUGCUGCUCCUGCUGCUGCACCUGCUGCACCUGCUGCUGCUGCUGCUGCUGCUGCAGGUGAAGGUGCAGCAGCAAAGGGAGCCGCAGCUGCGGAGCUGCUGACAGAAAGGGGCUGCGAGGGGCAAGGAAAAGCCGGCAGCAGCUCUGCCGCUUCGCCUCACCGCCUGAGUCCUUACUGGAGCUACCUUUGUAAAGACAAGGCAGCAGCAGCCCCGGCGCCGUCGUCCGCGUCAGCAGCAGCAGCAGCAGCAGCAGCAGCAGCAGCAGCAGAAGCAACCAGCCUGGCAAAGGGAUGCUGCUGCUGUGCAGCUUUGGGCUCCCCGCAAGAGCCCGCCUUUGACGUGCUGCCUCCCAAGCGAAGGCAGAGGCAAAGUGAGCCGGCAGUGAGCAGCAGCGGUGCUGCUGCUGCUGCUAGCGAGGCCGUUGCUGCUGCUGCUGCUGUGAGGGACAUUGCAGCAGCAGCUGCUGCUGCGACCUUGGCGGGGCAGCGCAGGCUCGAGCAGCAGACGCCUCCCUCGAGGCUGCGCAGAAGGUCCUGGAGCGCCGAAGGGGGGGGCCGCGCAGCUGCAGUGGCGGCAGCAGCAGCAGCAGCGGGGGCAGCAGAAGCAGCAGCAGCAGCAGCGGGAGGAGCGGAGGAAAAGCAUUCAGUUUCUCGAGCAAGGUGCAGCGUGUGCAGGGCAUCGGCAGCAGCAGCAGCAGCAGCAGCCCCUGCAGCGUCUGCUGCAGGGCGGCCGCGAGAAAGCCCAAGGGAGGCGGCUCGAGCAGCAGCAAGCGCUGAAGGAGCAGCAGCAGCGAAGCCGUUGAGCAUCGCAGCAGCUUCGUCUUGUGGAAAGAAGCCUUUGGCUGCUGCGAGUGCGGCUGGAGGCUUGGGCGGGAGCGGCUGCGUUGCUGCAGCGGGCGCAGCAGCAGCAGCGGCGCCGGGUGCGCGGGCGGGCGGCGCAGCAGCAGCAGCAGCAGCAGCAGCAGCAGCGGGCGCGGGCGGGCCGGUGCGGCCGUGCGGGCUCGCGCGGAUCUCGCAGGGACUGCUGGUGGGCUGCUCGUCGCUGGGGAGGGGCUCUGGGCUGGGGAUUUACAGCUGCCGGGGCUUCAGCCGGCGGCAGCAAAUCUGCGAGUACAGCGGAGUGCUGAUAGACCGGCGGACGGCGCUGCUGCUGCGGCAAAUGGAGUGCGCGUCGCACGUGGUGAACGUGCAGAUGCAGCACCUGUACUUGCUGGGUUUUCACACGCCGAGUCCGCUGCUGGGCGGCGGCGCCUUCAUCAACGACGGCCGCUGGGACACGGGGGGGGGGGGGGGGCCUGGGGUUUGCGUGCGUUUCCGCGGGAUGGCCUCCCAGCGGGUGGUGGUGGUGGCUGUCAAGGACAUUCCCCGCGGCGCCGAGCUCCUCACUUCUUACGACAACGACUACUGGCGCCUCAAGAACAGGGGCUUCUCCACGCCCUGA